AUGAUAUCCAACGACGGUUGCAACUUCUUCGAGUGGCUUGACCCAGCAUUACCAAAACACUACAAGGAUACGUUAUGGAACAUGAAACUUAGGAUUGACGACCUUUUGGUUAGGAAUGAUCAAGUUGUUGAGCUGCAGAAGAAGGUGGAAAAGCACAAGCUGCUUAGGAAAGCUGAGAAGGAACUUGCUGAAGCUAGGAUCCAAGAACUACUCAUUGAGAUUGAAAGGUGCUUUUUGGAACAGGGUGGAUAUGCGGAUGUUCCUUUUGGGAUGGUCUUUUGGGAUGGUCUAUUGGGUGAUUAG